CGAAUCAUAUUACACUCCCGUUGCCGGCUCCCCCCCACCACACACCUGUGCACGCACGCCACCACACCCAGAUACCCUGAUCCCAGGCACACGCAAUCCCAUUCCGAUCCCACCCCCGGAUUCCCCCCAUUCCCAUUCCCACCUCCUUUAUUUAUAAAUAAGCAAACCCUUUUUGGCUUUCUCUCUCCUCCACCUGGACGGCCGGACUCACACCGCCACCACGCACCGGCACCGGCGACGGCGAGAGCGAGCUAGCUGUUCGAUCGGUUGGUUGAUUCGAUCGGAUUGGAUCCGAUGGGGAGGCGGUCGAGCGGGUCGGCGGGGGCGGAGCCGCUGCUGCCGGCGGCGCUGAAGGGGGGAGCGGGAGCGGGAGCGGGGAGGAGGGCGGCGAUGAUGCAGCGGUGCGUGUCGCGGGAGGACGACGAGCUGCAGUGGUUCAGGUCGUGCCUGCGGUGGGUGUGCAUGGACCACUCGGGCCCCGGCGGCGCCGCGCUGUCGUGGCUGCUCUUCCUCCUCCUCGCCGUGGCCGUGCCGGCGGCGGCGCACUUGCUCCUCACGUUCCGCGCGUCCAGGAGGCCCUUCUCCGCCGUCGUCCAGGUGUCGCUCUCGGCGGCCUCCGCGGCGGGGUUCCUCUGCCUCUCCUCCUGCUUCCGCCGCAUCGGCCUCCGCCGCCUGCUCUACCUCGACAAGCUCCGCGGCAAGAGCGACCGCGUCAGGCUCAACUACACCGCGCGCCUCUCCUUCUCCUUCCGCCUCCUCGCCUCCCUCGUCGCGCCGUGCUUCGCCGCCGAGGCCGCCUACAAGGUGUGGUGGUACGCCACCUCCGGCGACCGCGUCCCCUUCUUCGGCAACGACGUGCUCAGCAACGUGCUCGCCUGCUCCGUCGAGAUGGCCUCCUGGAUGUACCGCAGCGCCAUCUACCUCCUCACCUGCGUCCUCUUCCGCCUCAUCUGCCACCUCCAGGGCCUCCGCCUCGAGGACUUCGCCGGCACGCUGCUCGUCGAGGUGGAGGAGGGGAGGGCCGGCGUCGAGCGCGUGCUCCGCGAGCACCUCGACAUCCGCAAGCAGCUCAAGGUCAUCAGCCACCGCUUCCGCAAGUUCAUCGUCGCCUCGCUCCUCAUCGCCACCGCCAGCCAGUUCGCCUCCCUGCUCCUCACCACGCGCCACGACUCCGUCGACGAUUUCCUCAACACCAGCGAGCUCGCGCUAUGUUCGGUCGUGCUCAUGUCAGGGCUGAUCAUAAUCCUGAGCAGCGCCGCCAAGAUCACUCACCAGGCUCAGGCGCUGACAGGGCAGACCACCAAGUGGCACGCCUGCUGCACCAUCGAGCCGGUGGAGGAGGAGGCGGAGCUCGGGUCGAACCAGAGCUCCAUGGUCGAGGCCGACCCCGUCAGCGACAGCGAGUGCGAGGAGACCGGCGACGAGGACCUGCUCGAGAACACCAAGAUCCUGCUGCCCCAGGCCACCGUCAUCUCCUUCCAGAAAAGACAGGCACUAGUGACCUACCUGGAGAACAACAGAGCGGGCAUCACGGUGUUCGGGUUCACGCUGGACAGGUCGUACCUGCACACGAUAUUCAUGCUCGAGUGGACGCUCUUCCUGUGGCUGCUGGGCAAGACGAUCGGUUUCUCGUGAAGCCCUGGAAGCGUUUUCUUGCUUGGUUGGUUGCAAUUUUGCGGAUGCGUUUGGCUGUGCAGGUGAAAUGUUGAACAAAUCGAGUCAUUUUUGCAAGUUUGCACCUCUGUAUGUAUGAAUGUAUGUACCAAUGUUUUGUAUUCGAUGUGUAGAAUAUGUAUGUAUAGAUUAUUUUGAGUUGAUUGCGUCGUGGCAAUCCCAACCUUGUACAUGAGCGAUGUCGAGUUUUUGUAUUUUGUUGCCUCGGUUUGCAGUUGCACGCCUGCGGCUUUAGUGCAGGCUUUUGUAUAUCAUCCGGUUUUGUAAUUUGUAAGCCGAUGAAAGUUGCAGAAAGUUUUACAUUUCCCUUGUUUCUGGAGAAGACUUAUGUCGUUUUGUACUAUUUUUUCCUUUGAUAUUUCUUCUUGAAACCGGGAUGCCUGAA